GCUCGGUGGUGCCAACAGCAGCGGUUCCUCCAGAGACCAGAGGAGGCCAACGCCCCACUGUCAGCUUCUGAGCUCCUCCCUUCCUCCUUAGAGCUGAAAGCAGAGUGUCUUCUGAGCUGCUGCGGUAGUAACGGAGAGCAACCAGGAUAUUACAACACGACUUUUCAUCGGAGGAGUUGAUUCACUUCGACUGCGGGAGGAAAACAACUUCCAGCGAGCGGGAGCAGCAGCAACACCAGGACUGUAAAAUAUCUUUUUCCUCUCAAGACAAGUUUGUUCAAACGCUCCGUCGGCGUCGAGGCUCUAAAGGAAAACACACUUCACACUGUCGCUACAAAAAGUUAGUUGAUACAGAAUGGCUGAUACAACCGCGUCCAGCCCCGGUGCCAACUGCAUGGAGAAGCUGAAAAGUUAUGUGAAGACCCAAAAAGGCUUCAUCCUCGCAGCAGAAAUAUUCAUCAGUUUAAUCGUCCUCAUCUGCUACGCCGCGUCUCUGUAUGGAGGCUACUCCGCUGUGGCCAUCUGCGAGAUGAUCUUCGCCAUUGUCUUCUUCGGCAUCUUCAUGAUGGAGCUGGACAAGCAGAUCCAAGUGGUCAACUGGGUCUGGAGUGAUCUUUUCCGUGCUGGCAUUGGCGCUGUCCUUUACAUCAUCACCUCUCUGAUCUGUGUCAUUGGAGGAGCCGGGGACGGCGCUCGUAUUGCAGGGGGGGUAUUUGGUUUGAUUGCUGGUCUGUUGUUUGCAUAUGAUACCUACACCAUCUUCCUGCAAAUCAAGAGCACCAGGCAGCACACAGCAGCUUCCACUGAUGACAGAGUUUAAACACUCCCGAGACACAUGCACCUCUGUCAAGAAUGCAGCAGAAGAUCAAAAAGAGGACAUUUGUGCAGAAGUUAACAGAAGGGUGGAGCAGAGAGGACGAUGGACAGUAAAAUGAACAGGUCACAGUUUAAUCAAUGCCACUGUAUGGUGUGAACAGACGAGAGAUUUGUGUUAGGGCCGCGCCUGAGAGGAGGAUGACACAGCCAAAGGGAGUGGUACUGUACAUCUGUGCCUGCAUGUCAGACAAAAUCUUGUCUGCUACAUGGGGAAUUUCCCUCAGAAACCUUUAGUCCAACCUCAAUGUGCCACUGAUUAAAAAGGGAAACCUUUAUAACAGGCCAUGUAAAACUUUGGUUGAUGUUGUCAAGGAGCUUGUCUAAUAACACUGCUGUACUACACUACCGGUCAAAAGUUUUAGAACACCUCCAUUUUUCCAGUUGUUGAAAUUUACACUGUAAAAAAUCCUAUUAUCCUAAAUCCUAAAUUUAAUCUUUUUUUGUUUUUUUUGUUCAAAUACACCUGUGGCAUUCUUUCUACAUUGGAAAUGAAAUGUUUUUUGGGAAGUUUGACUCAGUACUGUUGUAGAAGUUCCCACAGUGCUGGUCAUCCAUCAUGUGAAGCUGACCAUCCAGGGCUGUGGUCAAAUAGUCCAAAAAAUUACAUCCUACUUCCUUUUCUAACCACUUUUCCUUGACCUUGAUGGAAUAUGUCAUGAGUCAAGGAGAGAUGUGAAGGAGAGUGUAUGUAACGACAACAUUAUCUGUCCAUCUUUUUUUCAUAAAGGAUAAUUCCAGUGUAUCCUGUGGUCAAGGAGAUAAGAAAGGAGGCACUGAAGCACCUUUCAUUGGCAUUUAGAGAAUUCAACCAGCCACUUAGAUACUUACAGGUCAUUUCACUCACGUCUCAGUCUUCUCAAGCAAAAAUGACCGCAAUGACCGUUCAACCACAUCCUAGUUUUUGCUGUUGGAAAUAACCCUGACUAAGCAGUCUGUCUUUUUCUCAUCAUUCUGAAAGCAUUGCACAGUACUACUUCUUUUUGUGUAAUAUCUUCUUAAUAUUGCCUCAGAGGAGGAAGUUCUUUAUCCCUGAAAUAGUCCUGUUUUCUAUUAAAUUUCAUGGUUUUUCACUUGUUCUUUUUUACCUUUGGUAAACUACUGCUGACCUUUGUACCAUUUAAGUCCAAAAAACUUCAGUCAACACUGCACUUUUCUGGAUCUGCAGCAGUACACCUGCAAAGUUUGAAGUGGAUUGGAUGAGUAGGUCUUGAAAUACAGGCAGACAGAUUUCUCCAUUUAGAGUUAGACUUCAAUAGAUUUGACCUGGUUAAAUUUCAAUAAAAACUGGGAAAAUCGCGCCAUUCACAAACCUUUGACCAGUAGUGUACUGUAAGUAGUAACUUAGUCAUUUGGACUUAAGAAGUCACUGAUAUAUGAAUGGGUGCUUUAGGAAUUGUUUAACAUCAUAAUUAUGCUCUUCUUGAGUUUGAUUUUCUGUGUUUUCAGUGAGGUUUCUCAGAGGUUUAAACAUUUUCUUCUCUGUUAUUUAAUCUUUACUCUGCAGAGUGCUUCCUGUGUGUUACAGUGCCUUAAAGUCUCAUUCACAUUAACCAGUUCCUUCAUCCUGUUCACCCUUUAUUCAUGAAUCCUAAACAUUUGAAGUCAUUUACUGUCAUUGAUCAGCAAAUCUUUUGGCUGUUUUUGUACUAAUCAGAGUCUGCAUCAUUAGGAGCCGAAGACGUCCGUUAACCAUCAACCACAUGUUCAUUAUCUGAAUUAGUGUCAUCAUCCUCCAGUGGUACCUGUCUACUUUGAUUCUUGCUCAGGUUGUGUUUUCUUUUUCUUACAUUUGUAACACAUUUUUAAGGUGCAGAUUAUUUUUCUGUUGACACUUUUUACAGUCUUUUUUUUUUAAAUGUUUUUUGAGUACAUGUGGCAUAUGAAGAAAAAAGGAAAAAUCAGAUUUUAUUAUGUAAAUAUCACCAUUUUAAUAUGAUCUGUAACUGUUUCCUCUUCCCUUUGGUGGUUAUUUGUCCAACUAAAACAUUGCCUUAUUAUUAUUUUUUCUAACAGGCUUUACAAAAGUCUGCAGUUUGUAUUUUCACAAUUCAAAGCAGCCACGCUUUGGGAAAUAAAAGCCAUUGUUACUGCAAAGAAAA